GCUCACGGCAAUCCGUCCACGUGACAUUAGCCCUGUGCGCGGUAUAUACGUGUGUCGAGUGUGCGAGAACGAGUGAUUGAUCCCGUUGUGUCAAAAAUUAUAGGUUUUAGGCGCGAUUUUGUAUGCCGUCCGCGAGCGCGGCCCCAAUUCGAGGUACUUGUAUGUCAGUCGGCGUCGAGCGCGCGUCACAGCUAUGAUCAAAUUAUUCUCGUUGAAACAAGCGAAAAAGGAUGGAGAGUCACCCAAGGCUGGCACCCAGAAGAAGGCAUCCGCGGCACAGCUGAGAAUCACGAAAGACAUAAACGAGCUCAACCUCCCGAAAACAUGCGGCACCGAGUUCCCGGAUCCCGACGAUCUGCUAAGCUUUAAGCUAAUCAUCUGCCCAGAUGAAGGAUUUUACAGAGGCGGUAGAUUCGUGUUUAGUUUCAAAGUUGGACCCAAUUACCCACAUGAGCCACCGAAAGUGAAGUGUGAGACUCAGGUUUAUCAUCCUAACAUUGACUUGGAUGGUAAUGUGUGCCUGAAUAUUUUGAGAGAAGAUUGGAAACCUGUACUCACAAUCAAUUCCAUCGUCUAUGGUCUCCAAUAUCUUUUCUUAGAACCAAAUCCUGAGGAUCCACUGAAUAAGGAUGCUGCUGAGGUUCUACAGAAUAACAGAAGAGCGUUUGAACAAAACGUAUCGAAAGCUAUGCGGGGUGGUUAUGUAGGAUCGUAUUAUUUCGAACGGUGUCUCAAGUGAUACAGUGCCUCGUCGUCGAUACUGUAUAAGCUUCUUCAAGGACUCACUGUAGGUGAAGAGAUCCGAAUGUACGGGAUAAAUGCAGGACCAUGUUGCAGUGUCCUUGUUGUCACUUGCGUGACCACAUUAACAUAUUUACUUUCUUUAUGUCUUGCCAGGCCUAUGUCUAUUUAAUCGAACAACUUCGAUUAACAAAUCUACUGGCAAUAUCAUGCGCACCAUUCACUCUUUCUGGUAAUUACCAAAACGUUUACUGGCCGUGGUAUCGUUUUAGCGAAUUUGAAGUGCAGUUCUGAGGGGGCCGUAGGAUUAUAGUUUGACAUAUUUGGCAGAUGAUAGAUGUUACGAUGUAAGACACUUAAUUGUGUUAACGUAUAUACCAUAUGUAAUUCUGGACUGUCCUUGAAUCUUGAAAUCGGCUUUGCGUCUUUAUAGAUAUCUUAAUUUAUAAAGUAUUUAUUUCCCCAGAUAUAUACGUAUGCGUAAUACCCAUUGUCAUUGUAGCUUUUCACCGCAGCAUCUAUCAAAAUUUUCCUCCUCAUUUCAACAUGUGUACAAGUAACUUAACUUAUGUAUUGACUGAGAGUGGAAUAUAAGGCUGUUAUGGAACUAUACAAAAUGUUUUGUCUGAUGAUUUUUAUAAACACACACAGCAUACUUUACACCCGAUCAAAACAGACCAAAAACUGAAGCGGGUCAUUCUAAUCUACGAAUAAUGUACAUAUAAGGAGGACGAUCGGUGUUUUUACGAAACAAAUUUGAAUUUAUUUCACUAAGAGAAGAGAUUGGUUCGCUUUACUCUAUGUACAAGUACAAACGUUACAGCAGUCGCUAACAUUCGUGAGAUUACAAUACAGUCGUAUGGGACGUUAUAUUCUACAAAAUUUCGUUUACCAUUGUAUUUCGUAACUACUAGAAACGUUGAGAAGUAUAUUUUAAACGUCACGCUUGUACAGUUAGUGUAAAAUAAUUGAGCAUGUCUCAAUGUAGUUUAGAAAAAUCGAUAUAUGCAAGAAUCACAGAAAUACCUAUAACAAAGUGCGUUGAAAUGUGCUACCAAUUCUUUGUUCUUCCAACUUUGCUUGAUGUACGAAUCAAAAUUAGAUGUCGUUGUCACAUAUAUGUUCCUUGAGUGAAUCUAUAUUUUAAGAGUUCACAAUAAUAAAUGAUCGCCAGUGGAAUAUAAAGACGAAGUAGAAAUCAACUGCUUACGAUUGUGAAUUCCAAAUCGCCAACGAUCGCGCGUAUAUUUUGUCGUUUGCCGCGAACAUGUUUAAUUAGACAGCUGUGUAAAUUCUAAAUGCUAAUCUACAAACAUAUUGUAAACUCCAGGAAAAAAAUGAAGGUCUUGGAUAAAUAAAUAAAUGAUAGAUACAAUA